AUGGUGGAAGCAGUGAGACAAGAAGUAGUUAAGCUACUAUCAGCAAGAUUAAUCAGAGAGGUGAAAAACCCGAAUUGGGUUUCAAAUGUAGUAAUAGUGAAAAAGGUAAGCGACAAAUGGAGAAUGUGUAUUGACUUCACCAACCUUAAUACAACAUGCCCUAAGGAAAAUUUUCCCCUACCAUCAAUUAACCGGUUGGUGGACACCUCUGCAGGCCACAAGUUCAUGAGCUUCAUGAAUGCUUUCUCAGGAUACAAUCAGGUUCUGUUGGAUCGGGGCGACCAAGAUAAGACAACCUUCAUCACCGAUGAAGGACUUUUUUACUAUCAGCAUGUUGCCCUUCUAGCAUCAUCUACUGAUGAAGAAAUUGUUGAGCAGCUCAGGAACCUCAUGAGUUUGCAGACGACUGUACUUCUUGUGCACAUGUCACCGACUCUAGCAUCUCGACUUUUUUUAAAUGCCAGACGGCUUGGAAUGAUGAGUCAAGGGUAUGCUUGGAUUACAACUGAUAUGAUUACUAAUUUCAUGAAUUCAAUGGAUCCAUCGGUCAUUGAGUCAAUGCAGGGAGUGGUUGGAUUCAAACCUCACAUUCCGGCAUCGAAGGAGCUUCGCAAGUUGGCGAUCAGGUGGAGGAGUAAAAACUUGAAUGAAAACCAAAAUUUAGAAGAAAUGGAGAUAAAUGUGUAUGGCAUAUGGAGCUAUGAUAUGGUUUGGGCUGUGGCAACAGCUGCAGAAAGGGUAAUGACUCGAUAUCCUCAUAUCCUACACCAAGUAACCAGAAUGAAUAUGAACUUCACCACUAUCCGGUCCUCACAAAGUGGUUUGGUAUUUAUGGAUGAGAUAUUACAGAGUACAUUCAAGGGAAUAAGUGGUGGCUUUCAACUUACUAAUGGCAGGCUGAUCCCAAAGGAAUUCGAAAUUGUAAACGUAUUCAAGGGAGAAAGGAUAAUUGGUUACUGGAAUCCAGGAAAUGGAAUUACCUCAUUGAUGAAGCAAGAAAACCAUAAUGAGAUGAAUUCGACAUCAUCUAGUAAGCUUGAAAGUGUUAUUUGGCCUGGAGGAACUAUGAACAUUCCGAGAGGUUGGUCUCUACAUGGCAAGAGGCUGAGGAUUGGUGUUCCAGCAAAUAAUGGAUUCAGAGAAAUAAUUAGCGUGACUCGUGAUCCCCGAACAAAUGAAACUACUGUAACUGGAUAUUGUGUUGAUGUGUUUAAGGAAGCCGUUCAAAGUUUAGGUUAUGAAGUACAUUAUGAUUUUAUCCCGUUUGAAGAUGCCAGCGGAAAAAUUGCAGGAACUUACGAUGAUCUUAUCCUUCAGGUUUAUUAUAAGAAUUACGAUGCUGUUGUGGGGGAUACGACGAUCCUUGCCAGAAGAUUCCAAUAUGUCGAUUUCACGAUGCCAUUCACUGACAUAGGCAUUGGAACCGUAGUGCCCAAAAUCAACAAGAAAAGCAUCUGGAUAUUCCUGAUGCCUCUUUCCGGAGAUCUGUGGAUAACAACCGCUGCUUUCUUUAUUCUAACUGGACUUGUGGUUUGGUUUAUUGAACGUCCCAUCAAUGAGGAGUUCCAAGGCUCACCAUGUGAGCAAAUAGGAAUGAUCUUUUGGUACUCUUUCUCAACUCUAGUAUUUGCCCACAAGGAGAAGCUGUUGAGCAACUUGUCAAAGUUUGUAGUGAUAAUAUGGGUGUUUGUUGUGCUUAUAAUAACCUCAAGCUAUACUGCAACUUUGGCUUCCAUGUUAACAGUUCAACAGAUUGAAUUGAACUCAAAACAGGACUAUGUAGGUUAUCAUUAUGGUUUUGUGCUUUCAAGAGCCGUUAGCAACUUAAAUUUCAAAAAUCCCAGGUUAAAGCCGUACAACUCUCCAGAAGAAUAUGCCGAUGCUUUGGGAAGGGGAAGUAACAAUGGUGGUGUGUCAGCCAUUAUUGAUGAAAUACCAUACCUUAAAGUAUUUCUUGCCAAGUACCCUUCUGAUUACACCAUUAUUAAAUCCAUGACUACCUCAGGCGGUUUUGGCUUUGUUUUCCCUAAAGGUCCCCCACUUGUCCAAGACAUAUCGAGCGCAAUUAUGAGGCUAAGAGAGGAAGAAAAGCUGCAAUUGGUGGAAAAUAAAUGGUUUAACAGUACUGAAUCAAUUUUCACAGACCAGGACACAACAAGUAACCCCAGCAGGCUAAACCUUCAUAGCUUUGGGGGUUUAUUUCUUGUUACUGGAAUCUCUUCAACUUCAGCUCUUCUCCUAUGCCUAUUUCAGAAAAGUCGAGCCAUAAUAAUCCGUGAGUUCAAAUUCUUCCUCGACUCCAUGGACUCUGUGAAAGAUUACUUGAAAGUUCAAAGAUAUUUUACGACGCCUACCAUACUUUUUAACUAG